AUGUCGGCGGCUACCAGGUGGUUCCGAGGGGGCGCCUUUGGGGUGCAGAGCCACAGGCGGGGGACCUCUGCUGUUUAUCCCAACCAGAAGAAAUCCAGCACCUUCACGGAGGGCCCUGACUCCAGGAGCCAUUCUGUGGCGGUGUCCCACAUAGGCCCUGGGACCUACAGCUGCAAGGAGACCUGCUUCAGCAAGCAGAAGCUGAAGAAGGAGGUGGGCACAGGCUGGGCCCGGGCACAGGAAGCCACCCGGCUCACCCAGCUGCCCCACUUCCGGUACAAGGUCCUCAUAAAAGAGAGGUGGCUAGAGGCGCAGAAGCUGGGGCCUGGCUCCUACAACCUCAAAGACUUCCUGGAAGAGCUGCAGCAGAAGCCAAGGAGCACGAGGGGGCUGCUCAGCUCCGGGGAGACCCGCUUCUCAGGACUCAUUGGAAACUACUACCCAGGCCCUGGGCAUUACGGGGAGAAGGGCAACCCCUACACCCGGCUGGAGGAGAAUGCCUGGAAGUGGUCUCAUUCUGAGGGCCUGAUGUGCAGGAUGUCCAGCAAGCCAGCCCCCCGGCCCCAGGAGGGGAGCGGCCUGGGACCCAACACCUACUCUAUCAAAAGUGGCCUGGAGGAGUACCUGGCACGCUCCAUGGGCACCCGAGGGCCCUAUGACGGUUUCUCUGGUGACCGAACCAAGCCCCUGGCUUAUGGACAUUACUCUGAGCAGGUAAAAAAAAAGCCCAGGGAACUGAUGAAUUUCAAGAGUUUUGUGGAAGAACUUAACUCAUGUCACCAGAAAAAGCAUGGGGUUUUUUCAAAAGUUCCUCAAAAUCCGGACACCCCCCCAGAGAGGAUUUACUGGUCCACUCUUAGCCAGUGCCCUUGGAAACUAGCCACUUCCGGUCUGGGUUCCUGGCUUCCUCUGGAGACAGAAUGCAAACAUGUGAGCCAGCCACCGUUCCUCCUGGCCUCCAAGCAGUCAGGUGCAAGGGCUUCCCAGAUGCUUCCAGGGAGCUGGAACCCAGUAGGGGUGGGCCGCUACCUCAACACCACGCUGGUGGAGACCAAGGACACACGUCAGCGGUACCGGUUCCUGUACCUGGGUGGAUCCAAGCGCUAUCCUGCAGACCCGGCCUGGGACAAGAUCCUACAAACUGCUUCCUGCUGAGUAUGAACGCCAUCCCUACUGAUCUACAGGGGAAAUGAGGAUUGUGGGGUCAGUUGGAAGAUGUUGAUAUCCCCAGAAGUUCAGAAGACUGUGGUGA